AUGCAUCUGCUGGGGCUCAAUUGGCAACUGCAGCCCACAGAUGGACACGCGUUUAACAAUGGGAUCAGGACCAGCCUGCCCGGCAGCGACGACGUGGCCGCAGCGCCCCCUGGGGGCAAAGUGCCCUGGUCGUUGAGAAACAGCAGCAUCGACAGCGGCGAAGCGGAGGUGGGCCGACGGGUCACGCAGGAGGUGCCGCCGGGCGUGUUCUGGAGGUCCCAGCUCCACCUCAGCCAGCCGCAGUUCCUCAAGUUCAACAUCUCCCUCGGGAAGGACGCGCUCUUCGGGGUCUACAUACGAAGGGGACUCCCUCCGUCCCACGCACAGUACGACUUCAUGGAGCGCCUGGACGGGAAGGAGAAGUGGAGCGUGGUGGAGUCGCCCCGGGAGCGCCGCAGCAUCCAGACGCUGGUGCAGAACGAGGCCGUGUUCGUGCAGUACCUGGACGUGGGCCUGUGGCACCUGGCCUUCUACAACGACGGCAAGGACAAGGAGAUGGUGUCCUUCAACACGGUGGUCCUAGAUUCGGUGCAGGACUGCCCCCGGAACUGCCACGGGAACGGCGAGUGCGUGUCCGGCCUCUGCCACUGCUUCCCAGGAUUCCUCGGCGCAGACUGUGCUAAAGCCGCCUGCCCCGUGCUGUGCAGCGGGAACGGCCAGUACUCCAAGGGGACGUGCCAGUGCUACAGCGGCUGGAAGGGCGCCGAGUGCGACGUGCCCCUGCACCAGUGCAUCGACCCCGCCUGCGGCGGCCACGGCGCCUGCGUGGACGGCAGCUGCGUGUGCUCCACGGGCUACAAGGGCGAACACUGCGAGGAAGUCGACUGCCUGGACCCCAGCUGCUCCAGCCACGGCGUGUGCCUGGCCGGCGAGUGUCUGUGCAGCCCCGGCUGGGGCGGCCUCAACUGCGAGCUGGCGCGGGUGCAGUGCCCCGACCAGUGCAGCGGCCACGGCACCUACCUGCCCGACACGGGGCUCUGCAGCUGCGACCCCAACUGGAUGGGCCCCGACUGCUCCGUCGAAGUGUGUUCGGUAGACUGCGGCACGCACGGCGUCUGCAUCGGGGGAGCGUGCCGUUGCGAAGAGGGCUGGACGGGCGCGGCGUGCGACCAGCGCGUGUGCCACCCUCGCUGUCUUGAGCACGGGACGUGUAAAGACGGCAAAUGUGAAUGCCGAGAGGGCUGGAAUGGUGAACACUGCACCAUUGCGCACGUACUUGACCAGGUCGCAGUGCAUGGCUGCCCCGACUUGUGCAACGGGAACGGGCGAUGCACCCUGGGUCAGAACAGCUGGCAGUGCGUCUGCCAGACCGGCUGGCGGGGGGCCGGGAUGCAACGUCGCCAUGAGACGGCCUGCGCGGACAACAAGGACAACGAGGGAGAUGGCCUAGUGGAUUGCCUAGACCCCGACUGCUGCCUGCAGGCUGCCUGUCAAAGCAGCCUGCUCUGCCGGGGGUCCCGUGACCCCCUGGAGGUCAUUCAGCAGGGCCAGACCGAGUGGCCCACGGUGAAGUCCUUCUACGACCGCAUCAAGCUGCUGGCCGGGAAGGACAGCACCCACGUGAUCCCGGGAGACAACCCAUUCCACAGCAGCCUGGUCUCCGUCAUCCGAGGUCAAGUGCUCACCUCGGACGGAACGCCCCUGGUCGGGGUGAACGUCUCCUUCGUCAAGUACCCCAGAUACGGCUACACCAUCACCCGGCAGGACGGCACGUUCGACCUGCUGGCCAACGGGGGCGCCGCCCUGACCCUGCACUUCGAGCGGGCGCCGUUCCAGCAGGAGCGCACGGUGUGGCUUCCGUGGAACAACUUCCACGCCAUGGACCCGCUGGUGAUGAAGACGGAGGAGAACUCCAUCCCCAGCUGCGACCUGAGCGGCUUCCUGCGGCCCGACCCCAUCAUCGUCGCCUCCCCGCUCUCCACCUUCUUCAGCGCCACCCCCGGCCAGAGCCCCAUCGUGCCCGAGACCCAGGUCCUCCACGAGGAGCUGGAGCUCCCCGGCUCCAGCGUGAAGCUCCGGUACCUGAGCUCCCGCGCGGCCGGGUACAAGUCCCUGCUGAAGAUCAGCAUGACGCAGUCGGCCGUGCCCCUGAACCUCGUGCGGGUGCACCUGCUGGUGGCCGUGGAGGGCCACCUCUUCCAGAAGACCUUCCAGGCCUCCUCCAACCUGGCCUACACCUUCAUCUGGGACAAGACCGACGCCUACGGCCAGCGCGUCUACGGACUCUCGGACGCCGUGGUGUCGGUGGGCUUCGAGUACGAGACCUGCCCCAGCCUCAUCCUGUGGGAGAAGAGGACCUCCCUGCUGCAGGGGUUCGAGCUCGACCCGUCCCACCUGGGCGGCUGGUCGCUGGACCAGCACCACAUCCUCAACGUCAGGAGCGGCAUCCUGCACAAGGGCACCGGGGAGAACCAGUUCCUGACGCAGCAGCCGGCCAUCAUCUCGAGCGUGAUGGGCAACGGGCGGCGCCGCAGCAUCUCCUGCCCCAGCUGCAACGGCCUGGCCGAGGGCAACAAGCUGCUGGCGCCCGUGGCGCUGGCCGUGGGCACCGACGGCAGCCUCUUCGUGGGCGACUUCAACUACGUGCGGCGCAUCUUCCCGUCCCGCAACGUCACCAGCAUCCUGGAGCUGCGCAACAACCCCGCGCACAAGUACUACCUGGCGGUGGACCCCGUGUCGGGCUCGCUCUACGUCUCGGACACCAACACGCGGAUCUACCGCGUGCGGUCCCUGAGCGGAGCCAAGGACCUGGCCGGGAACUCAGAGGUGGUGGCGGGCACCGGGGAGCAGUGCCUGCCCUUCGACGAGGCGCGCUGCGGCGACGGGGGCAAGGCGGUGGAGGCCACGCUCAUGAGCCCCAGAGGGAUCGCCGUGGACAAGAACGGGCUGAUGUACUUCGUGGACGCCACCAAGGUGCGCAAGGUGGACCAGAACGGGAUCAUCUCCACCCUGCUGGGCUCCAACGACCUCACCGCCGUGCGGCCCCUGAGCUGCGACUCCAGCGAUGGACGUGGCUCAGUGCGCCUCGAGUGGCCCACAGACCUGGCCGUGAACCCCAUGGACAAUUCCCUGUAUGUUCUAGAAAACAACGUCGUCCUCCGCAUCACGGAGAACCACCAGGUGAGCGUCAUCGCCGGGCGGCCCAUGCACUGCCAGGCGGGCAUCGACUACUCGCUCAGCAAGCUGGCCAUCCACUCGGCGCUCGAGUCGGCCAGCGCCAUCGCCAUCUCGCACGCGGGCGUGCUCUACAUCACCGAGACGGACGAGAAGAAGAUCAGCCGGCUGCGCCAGGUCACCACCAACGGCGAGAUCUGCCUGCUGGCGGGCGCCGCGUCCGACUGCGACUGCAAGAACGACGUCAACUGCGUGUGCUACGCCGGCGACGAGGCCUACGCCCCCGACGCCAUCCUCAACGCGCCGUCCUCGCUCGCCGUGGCCCCCGACGGCACCGUCUACGUGGCCGACCUGGGCAACAUCCGCAUCCGCGCCGUCAGCAAGAACAAGCCGGUGCUCAACGCCUUCAACCAGUACGAGGCGGCCUCGCCCGGCGAGCAGGAGCUGUACGUGUUCAACGCCGACGGCGUGCACCAGCACACCCUGAGCCUGGUGACCGGCGAGUACCUGUACAACUUCACCUACGGCCCCGACAACCGCGUCACCGAGCUGGUGGACAACAACGGCAACUCCCUCAAGAUCCGCCGCGACGGCGCCGGCGCCGCCCGCCACCUGCUCAUGCCCGACAACCAGGUGGUCACGCUCACCGUGGGCCCCCACGGAGGCCUCAAGGCCGUGUCCACGCAGGGCCUGGAGCUGGGCCUCAUGACCUACAGCGGGAACACCGGCCUGCUCACCACCAAGAGCGACGAGACCGGCUGGACCACCUUCUACGACUACGACCACGAGGGGCGGCUGACCAACGUGACGCGGCCCACGGGCGUGGUCACCAGCCUGCACCGCGAGAUGGAGAAGUCCAUCACCAUCGACAUCGAGAACUCCAACCGCGACGACGACGUCACCGUGGUCACCAACCUGUCCUCGGUGGAGGCCUCCUACACGGUGGUGCAAGACCAAGUGCGGAACAGCUACCAGCUGUACAACAACGGCACCCUGCGCGUGCUGUACGCCAACGGCAUGGGCGUGAGCUUCCACAGCGAGCCGCACGUCCUGGCCGGCACCGUGACCCCCACCAUCAGCCGCUGCAACAUCUCGCUGCCCGCCGACAACGGGCUCAACUCCAUCGAGUGGCGGCUCCGCAAGGAGCAGAUCAAGGGCAAGGUCACCAUCUUCGGCAGGAAGCUGCGGGUCCACGGCAGGAACCUGCUGUCCAUCGACUACGACCGCAAAAUCCGCACGGAGAAGGUGUACGACGACCACCGCAAGUUCACGCUGCGGAUCAUCUACGACCAGGCCGGCCGGCCCUUCCUCUGGCUGCCCAGCAGCGGCCUGGCCGCCGUCAACGUCUCCUACUUCUUCAACGGCCGCCUGGCAGGCCUGCAGCGCGGCGCCAUGAGCGAGAAGAUCGACAUCGACAAGCAGGGCCGCGUCGUCUCCCGCAUGUUCGCCGACGGCAAGGUGUGGAGCUACUCCUACCUGGACAAGUCCACGGUGCUGCUGCUGCAGAGCCAGCGGCAGUACGUGUUCGAGUACGACGCGUCGGAGCGGCUGCAGGCCGUCACCAUGCGCGUGGCCCGCCACAGCGUGAGCACGCACACGUCCGUGGGCUACAUCCGCAACAUCUACAACCCGCCCGAGAGCAACGCGUCCGUCAUCUUCGACUACAGCGACGACGGCCGCAUCCUCAAGACCUCGUUCCUGGGCACGGGCCGCCAGGUGUUCUACCGCUACGGCAAGCUGUCCAAGCUGUCGGAGAUCGUGUACGACAGCACGGCCGUCACGUUCGGCUACGACGAGACGGGCGUGCUGAAGAUGGUGAACCUGCAGAGCGGCGGCUUCUCCUGCACCAUCCGCUACCGCAAGAUCGGGCCGCUGGUGGACAAGCAGAUCUACCGCUUCUCGGAGGAGGGCAUGAUCAACGCCCGCUUCGACUACACCUACCACGACAACAGCUUCCGCAUCGCCAGCGUCAAGCCGGUCAUCAGCGAGACGCCGCUGCCCGUCGACCUGUACCGCUACGACGAGAUCUCGGGCAAGGUGGAGCACUUCGGCAAGUUCGGCGUCAUCUACUACGACGUGAACCAGAUCAUCACCACGGCGGUGAUGACGCUGAGCAAGCACUUCGACACGCACGGGCGCGUGAAGGAGGUGCAGUACGAGAUGUUCCGCUCGCUCAUGUACUGGAUGACGGUGCAGUACGACAGCAUGGGGCGCGUGGUGAAGCGCGAGCUCAAGCUGGGGCCCUACGCCAACACCACCAAGUACACGUACGACUACGACGGCGACGGGCAGCUGCAGGCCGUGGCCGUCAACGACCGGCCCACCUGGCGCUACAGCUACGACCUCAACGGCAACCUGCACCUGCUCAACCCGGGCAGCAGCGCGCGCCUCACGCCGCUGCGCUACGACCUGCGCGACCGCAUCACCCGGCUGGGCGACGUGCAGUACCGGAUCGACGAGGACGGCUACCUGUGCCAGCGCGGCGCCGACGUGUUCGAGUACAACUCCAAGGGCCUCCUGACCCGCGCCUACAACAGGGCCGGCGGCUGGAGCGCGCAGAACCGCUACGACGGCGUGGGCCGCCGCGCCUCCUACAAGACCACUGGGCCACACCUGCAGUACUUCUACUCCGACCUCUACAACCCCACGCGCGUCACCCACGUCUACAACCACUCCAACUCCGAGAUCACCUCGCUCUACUACGACCUGCAGGGCCACCUGUUCGCCAUGGAGAGCAGCAGCGGGGAGGAGUACUACGUGGCGUCGGACAACACGGGCACGCCGCUGGCCGUCUUCAGCAUCAACGGCUUCAUGAUGAAGCAGCUGCAGUACACGGCCUACGGCGAGGUCUACUACGACUCCAACCCCGACUUCCAGAUGGUCAUCGGCUUCCACGGGGGCCUCUACGACCCGCUCACCAAGCUGGUGCACUUCACGCAGCGCGACUACGACGUGCUGGCCGGCCGCUGGACCUCCCCCGACUACGCCCUGUGGAAGGCCGUGGGCCGCGAGCCCGCCCCCUUCAACCUCUACAUGUUCAAGGGCAACAACCCGCUCAGCAACGAGCUCGACCUCAAGAACUACGUCACGGACGUGAAGAGCUGGCUUGUGAUGUUUGGGUUUCAGCUCAGCAACAUCAUCCCCAGCUUCCCCAGAGCCAAAAUGUACUUCGUGCCUCCGCCCUAUGAGCUGUCCGAGAGCCAGCCGCUCCACACCCCGGUCCUCUCGUCCCCGCAGCUCAUCACCGGCAUCCAGCAGACCACCGAGCGGCACAACCAGGCCUUCAUGGCCCUGGAGGGCCAGGUCAUCUCCAAGAAGCUGCACGCGGGCGGCCGGGAGAAGGCGGGGCGCUGGUUCGCCACCACCACGCCCAUCAUCGGCAAGGGCGUCAUGUUCGCCAUCAAGGAGGGCCGGGUGACCACGGGCGUGUCCAGCCUGGCCAGCGAGGACAGCCGCAAGGUGGCGUCGGUGCUCAACAACGCCUACUACCUGGAGAGGAUGCACUACAGCAUCGAGGGCAAGGACACGCACUACUUCGUGAAGAUCGGGGCGGCCGACGGCGACCUGGUCACGCUGGGCACCACGCUGGGCCGCAAGGCGCUGGACAGCGGGGUGAACGUGACGGUGUCGCAGCCCACGCUGCUGGUGAACGGCCGCACGCGCCGCUUCACCAACAUCGAGUUCCAGUACUCCACCCUGCUGCUGAGCAUCCGCUACGGCCUCACGCCCGACACGCUGGACGAGGAGAAGGCGCGCGUCCUGGACCAGGCCCGGCAGCGCGCGCUGGGCACCGCCUGGGCCAAGGAGCAGCGGCGCGCCCGGGACGGCCGCGAGGGCAGCCGGCUGUGGACGGAGGGCGAGCGGCAGCAGCUGCUGAGCACCGGCCGCGUGCAGGGCUACGAGGGCUACUACGUGCUGCCGGUGGAGCAGUACCCAGAGCUGGCGGACAGCACCAACAACAUCCAGUUCUUGAGACAGAACGAGAUGGGCAGGAGGUAACGGCACGGCCCGCCGCCAUCUCUGUCUGGAUGGCUCCGCCGAAUCCCGGGA